UAGCAGUGCAGACCUCGGGUUAGCUGACUGACUAAAGUGUUCCUGGUGGACUAGCUUCCUGGUUUAACAUCGCGAGAUCAUGACCCACAAGCCAUCGAAGGGCCCUCGCCUGGGCGUGCGGCACCUGCAGUCGUUUCUGCUCUUCCUGGGCCUGACCGUGAUGCACAUUGCCCGCCUGAAUGUCAGUGUGGCCAUUGUGGCCAUGACCAAUGCGGCCACCACGAAUCCCAACUUUCCGGAAUACGAGUGGACGGAGAAGCAGAAGUCGUACAUCCUCUCCAGCUUCUACUGGGGCUACAUCCUGACCCUCUGUCCCGGCAGCUUCCUGUGCCGACGCUACGGCGCCAAAGUGGUCCUCUUUGUGGCCAGCUGUGGCACUGCCGUGCUCAGCCUGAUGACCCCGUGGUGCAUCACCUGGGGCGGAUGGCAGGUGUUCUGCGCCAUUCGCAUCCUGCAGGGCCUGUUCCAGGGUGUGAUCUUCCCCUGCGUGACGGAACACCUGGCCAUGUGGUCGCCGCCGGAGGAGCGGAACCGCCUGGGCGCCUUCAGCUACACGGGCACGGAUUGCGGCACUGUGCUGGCCAUGUUCAUCAGUGGCAUGAUUGCCAAGGGCGCCAUGGGCUGGCCGGGCAUAUCCUAUGUGUCCGGCUCCCUGUGCGCCGCCUGGUGCUUCCUCUGGCUGAUCUUCGCCUCCAACAACGCCACCGAAUCCCGGUUCGUUGGCGAGGCCGAGUGCAAGUACAUUGAGUCCUCGCUGGAGCACAACGAGGACUUCCACGAGCGCACGAUUCCCAUUCCCUGGAAGGCCAUUUGGACCUCGGUGCCCUUCCUCGCCCUGCUGGUGACCCGCUGUGCAGAGACCUACGGCCUGAGCACGCUGCAGGCGGAGAUACCCUCCUACAUGAACGGUGUCCUUAACAUGGAGAUCCAGAGCAACGCGGUCUUCUCAUCGCUACCAUUUCUGGCCAUGUGGCUGCUGUCCUACGUCUAUCUGGUGGCCGCCGAUGUGCUGCUGAAGAAGAAAAUCCUGUCGCUGACCUCGGUGAGGAAGCUGUUCAACACGCUCUCCUUCUGGAUCCCAGCCGCCUCCCUCAUCGGCAUUGGCUUCCUCAGCGAGGAGAACAAGAACCUGGCCAUCGUACUGAUGACCGUGUCGGUGGGCGUGAACAGUGGAGCCACCAUCGGCAGUUCCCUGAAUUCCAUCGAUCUGUCACCCAAUCAUGCUGGCAUACUGAUUGGCCUGAGCAAUACGGUGGCGAACGUUAUUCCCAUCCUCACACCACUGAUUGCCGGAGAGAUCGUGGCCGAUAAGCACAAUCGCGGGCAAUGGCAGAUCGUCUUCGGACUGGCGGCUGUCAUUUUCUUUGUGGGCAACGUGGUCUUCGUCAUUUGGGGCACGGCCAAGGCGCAGCCCUGGGACGCAGACGACUUCCUCAAGCCCAAGGAUGCGGAGUCGGCCUGCGAGAAGACGAAAACCACUCCCGCCGAAGAGGUCGCCCCGCCCAUCGAUCCCGUGCUGGAGCAGCAAAUCAGUUGGCCCGAGAGGUACACGGCCAAAGCCACCGAUUGAUUUGUGGCGGAAGUGCCUGCCCCGGCCCUCCUGCCCCGCGCGCAGAACAGAACAAUUGCUUUUGUUAAUCAGUAUUAACCAUAAGUAGGCUGUAAUUUAUAUUUAUUCUAUUUAUAAGGCGUGACCGUAGCGCGAGGCUUAAGUAAAUUAUUUUCAAUUGAAUCGCUUUGUUGUUACCAAUCGCUAGUGAUUUCGGCACUCGAAUCGAGGAAGAGCCCGAUCGGCCAGCGCAAUCUAAUCUGUUAAUUUAUCUUAUAAAUGUAUAUAAGUGCCCAUAUUUAUAUUGGAUUGCGGCUCAUGCGGCCAAUUGUCAAUCGCCACAGCCGAAGUGAAGUGCUUUGCACCGCCCCUCUGGCGAUGGGUUCAGAAACAUUUGCCACAGCUGCUUGUGAAUAUAGUAUAUGAUAUAUUGUGAUACUUAGAAAUAAACUGUUGACUUCUUUCUCCGCUCUGUGUACUUUGCUCUAUUUGAACUACAUAGCUGUUGGUGGCUGGCACAAAGGCACCUGUUGAAUGGCAUCUGUGGAGUGAACAGGUUGUUUGCUUUGCAUUUGUUCCGCACCCUUUGAAGGGGCCCUCUGUUUGCUUAUGGUUGAGGAAGGUACUUCUUCGGCAGAUUUAUGGGCCUUUAUGAUGUUUAACUACUUGUGAACCCGUCAGUUUACAAGUGUUGGAGGGGAGGUAAAUCUCAGUUGGUUGAUAGCUGACAAACUAUGCACUUUAGAAGUAGCACUUUUUGAACUGAGCACUGUGGGUAAUUAAGGACCGUGGAAUCCCGUCUGAGACCGGCCUACCUUUAGGUUGAGUAAGGUCUUGUUCCUUAUCAUAUCAGCUGCUAAUUCAGCAGUAAUUAUCGCCUAACGAUCGCCUGGUCAUUUGAUAAAAAGCAGUCUAGUGCCCGGAACCUAAGCGAUUGUAAUUAGCUCCGGCGAUUGAUAUGAAGUGCCAGGCUGACUGCCGGC